AUGGAGGAUCAGCUAUGUGCUGCUGCAGCGGAUGGAAAUUUGAGCUUAGCUGCUCGAAUAAUGCACGAACGGAUCGAUCCAAACUGCAAGGAUGAAGUAGGACGAUCUCCAAUGCACUACGCUGCGUUAAACGGGCAGUUUGAAAUUAUCCGCCUUCUCUUGUGCAAUCGAGCUAUUGUAGACAUUACUGAUGCCAACAACGUGACUCCACUACAUUUGGCAGCUAGGAAAGAUCAUCUCCGCUGUACACAACUACUGUGUCUCGCUGGUGCAGAUAUCAAUCGGGUCUGUGCAUCUGGCUGUACGCCAAGGGAACUUGCGCCAUUUGAUUCACCUACAUGCUACUUUCUGGAGCGGUGCGAACUCGGAGAAAAGCCGAGCGCCAGUAUGGUGUUUGCAAGACGAUCGGGGUUCGCGCAACUCCCAUCCUUGAGAAGGAUUGCAACGGAGCAAAAGGAUAGCAAAACUAGGAAAUGA